UGUGGAUAGAAUACUGGACUGGUAGAGGUGGACAUCAUUCUCGUGGCAGACGGAGAACACUAAUGAUUUCAACUCCGUCGGUUAUGCUCAUAGAUCGUAGUCGUCAACUAUUCGACAAUUUUCAAAUAGAUUUUAAAUUAUUCUUAUAUUGUUUGAUUUCGGUAUAAUAAUAUUUAAUAUUAAAAAAAAAUGUUUUACCCGUCGCUUCGAUUGGUGGUCGUGUUAAUCGUUGCGGUCAUGCUUGUUCAAAUCAACGGCCAAACCAAUAAUACCCAAAUGCAACCUCAGUUGUGGGCCUCCGAUUUGUUUUAUCGCGCGUUGGCUAAUUUCACCGUGCGAAAUAUUGGGAGCACCGCUUGCCGAAAGCAAUCCGAGAUGUACGAUCGCAACUUAAGAAAUCACACCAACUGGGCUGUAAGAAUGGCAGAAUCAUGGACUCGACAUCCAAACGGUUUUCUAUCUGGGAAUACAUUUCAUAUGGGAUUUUACGAUGAGUGUAUUGAUAUACAUCAUCCAGUUAAAGGCCAGUAUUGCUUAUCUGAAAUAAAACUAAUACCGUCUGCGGAGAACACAAUCAGUCACAACGAAGUACACAAUAGGAAUAACAUAGGAAGUUAUUAUGCAUGGCAGAACGUACUUGGGUGGAUCAAUUAUCCAGAUCAAAUUCCACGAAAUGUUUUAAAUUUAGGAAUUUGCAUUCCAGCUUCUUGUUCGUCGUCAGAUUUACAAAAAACGUUGCAAAAUGAAUUGGACAAAGUAUUCUUACCAGAACAAAUCAAUACUGUUGUUAAAAUAGAUCCAAUUUUAUGUACUGUCAAGGAAGAUAUGUAUCCUUACAGUAUAGCAUUUCAUAUAACCAGUGCAAUUCUCGUAGUACUCAUUUUUCUUUGCUGUGUUAUUACGAUAUAUCAGUACACAAACAUAUCUUGCCGAAAAGAUACACCUAAAAAAACAAACGAUAUUCAUUCAGUCUUAUAUUCAUUUUCAUUCAUUGAAUCUGGCAAAGAUUUGUUAAAAUACGAUAAAAAUAAUGAAUUAAAUCUAAUUAAUGGAAUUAAACUUCUGACGAUGAUGUUCAUUCUUUUAGGUCAUCGAUUUAUGUACUUAGGAGGCAAUCCAAUGACUAAUGUUAAAAUAGUCGAAAAUAUGUAUAUUAAUGGACCAGACAUUCUGUUAACCUGCAUGAAUUUAGUUGAUCCAUUUUUUUUCAUGAGCGGCUAUCUCAUUUACAUUACAAUCACUCCAGUAUUUCAAAAAUCUGGACCAAUUUGGAUGAAAAUUGUAUAUCCAAUUAUCUAUAGAGUAGUAAGAAUGUUACCAACCUACUGCAUGAUAAUGGCGAUAACUGCUAAUAUUAUACCGCAUCUUGGAGACGGUCCGCUAUGGCCACAAAAUACAUGGAAAGAAGCCGAGUUAUGUAAAAACUAUUGGUGGACAAACGUACUGUUUAUAAGUAAUUUUUUUGAUUCCAAGUACCAAUGCCUCUUGGUGAGCUGGUACUUAUCGUGUGAUAUACAAUUUUUCAUCAUUGGAGUAAUAACUGUUUGUGUUUAUACGAAAAAUGAAAAAUACGGAAAAUAUUUAAUUGGUAUUUUGAUUGGUGUAUCGCUCUUUUUGCCAUUUGUUAUCACGUAUGUGAGGAAAAUUGAUGGAAUACUUAAAGUUGAUUUGCCAUUCUUAAAUAAUCCAAGAGGUUCCACAGUAUUUAAUCAAACAUACAGAGAACCUUACUUACGAGCAAUCCCUUUUAUAUUUGGCUUGGCAAUGGGUUUUAUAGGACAAAAAUUGAAAGAAUCAAAAUUUAAAUUUUCACAAAUAACUGUCUAUGCUGGAUCCAUUCUCAUUACCUUGGUUUGUGUAUGUAUUCAACUUCUUGGGGCAGAAUUUUAUAAAUAUGAUAGACUUUAUUCUCCAAUUGAACAUGCUUUAUAUGCUACUUUAAGUCAUUGUACUUGGACAACAAUUGGUGCAUGGAUUACUAUUUGUCACUUAACUACUGGUUAUGGAUUGCUUUCAAAAAUAUUUACAAAUAGAUUAUGUGUGAUUUUGGGAAGACUCUCAUACAGUGUUUUCUUAAUCAAUUUACCUCUUAUGCAAAUGUCGCAGAGUUCUCAGCGACAACCUACUUAUUUAUCAGCAAAAACUUUGUUGGAAUUGUCGAUUUUUGAUUCAUUUAAAUGUUAUUUGAUGAGUUUAAUAUUAUACAUGGUCGUCGAAGGACCGUUUGGAAAUUUGACGAAGCAUUUGUUUGGACGAAGGAAAAAAGAUAUUUCUUCAAAUACAAUUGAAUUACCAAUUGAACAAGUAAUAUGUAUCGACAUUUCAAAAGAAAAUUCAAGUAAAUUAUAAAAACAUCAACUUUUGGAAAUAAUUUUUAUCAAACAAAUGUACUUUUAUUUAUUUUUAUUUUAUAGUAAUAACUUUAUUAAAUUGAAAUACACAGUUCCUAGCUUUUUCUAUUUACAUUUAGAAUAUGAAUAUACAUUUUUUUUUUUUUUUUUAAUAUGCGAUUAUGGUAUAUAUGUUUCUUUUAUUUAAUAUGACCA